AUGGGCUGUAUUAGAAAAAGAGGUCCAAGAAGCAAAACAUACCAGAUUCCUAAUCCAAAUUAUUUACAAUCGGCCAUUUGGUGCUUAAAGACCGUCAAUGUGUCAAAUGACACGUCAAAUGACUUACAGAGAAAGGCUUUGUGUAUGGGUUUGUUGAAGAUAUUUGUGAAUUUGAUAGAUCCCAAAUUAUUGGAAAAAUGCAAAAAUCAGUACCAUAUUCCAGAGGGCUUUUCAAGUUCACAUAUAACUGUAACUCCAUCUAGUCUUCUAACCAUUUACUUAUAA